AGAGAGAGAGAGAGAGAGAGAGAGAGCAAAAAAAAAAUCACAGGAAGCGAAGGAAAGAAGCUGAGAAUAAUAUUUCUCAUGUUGGUGCUAGUCCGCACACGGGUGUAGAUAUUAUUCAUGAUGACGAAAUCUCUUCAAAGAUAAAGACCUUGUUUGGCACAUAGUAUCCAUGGAAACAGCUAACACGUGAUGGCAAACAUGGUUGCAAGUCUAAUUCACACUAUAACCUCACACACGUCAGAUGUCAUGUGUGUCGCCUUCACACACAACAAACUGGCAACAUGUGGGGGCGACAAAACCGUUCGUUUGUGGAGUACAGAAGAUUUCUCUGAGGAUGAGUGCUCUCCCUUGCUGGGCCACACCUACUAUGUUCAGUGCUGUGCCUUCUCUCCGUUCGGCACGGUUCUAGCAUCGUGCUCUACGGACGGGAAAUUGAUACUGUGGGACACAAAGAAUGGGAGUGAGCUGGCCGUGUUACAACACCCGAGUCAGAACUGUAUCCGCGUGUGUCGGUUUUCACCGGAUUCGGCGAGAAUUGUUUCGGGAGGAGACGACAACAUGAUAUGUUUUUGGGAAGUGGCCACACACAAACUUUUAGGAACCCUGGUGGGCCAUGAAGAAUCAGUGGUGGCAUGUGCAUUCAGUGCCGACAGUAACUAUCUCGUGUCCGGCAGUAUAAACGGGGACCUGAGGAUCUGGGACGCCAAGUUUGGGCAUGGAAAAUGUCUGGCAUUUGAGCUGGACGGCCACGAUCUCGGUGUCACAUGCUGCGAGUUUUCUCCAACAUUUGGAACUGCAGAAAAACCUGACAGUCCUGUGGCAGUGUUUCUGCUAGCUACGUGCGGGAAAGAUGACUUGGUCAAACUGUGGGAUUUCACUGCUCAAGUUGGAACCCCAACUGUCUCACUGAAACUUAGAGACACACUACCCGGGCAUACCGACAUCAUAAAUUCGUGUUGUUUUAACCCAAAAGGAGACAUCCUGGCAUCUGGAUCCAUGGAUAAAACUGUUCGUUUGUGGAACCCUUUGAAGGGAACACCGCUAUUCACAAUUCAGGGCCAUGAAAGGUUUGUGCUGAGUGUGGACAUAUCAAUGGACGGAAUGAUGCUAGCGUCGGGGUCUAAUGACAAAACUGUCAUGAUCUGGAAACUGACGGACACUUCAAGGAUUAUGGCUGGUCUUUCUGGAUAUGAGGAUCCUAAAGCGACAAAAAGCCAGACUGACUCCACUGGAAUAAAUACGACCGUACAAAAGUGGUCCAUUGAUGAUGUGUGUGCAUGGAUUGUCUCCCUUGGUUUGGAGAAGUACGAAGAUGAUUUUCGACAACAUGCCAUUGAUGGGACUGAACUGUUGACCCUAUCAUCUCAAGAUCUUGAGUUACAUUUGGGGAUUGCUGCCUUGGGUCACCGAAACAAGAUUCUUCGAAGUCGAGAUCACAUACAAGAGCAGCCAUUGUGUCCUGACCAGAUUGAAGCAACCACCAGUAGCACCCAUGAUGAAUUCCUGUGUCCAAUAACAAGAGAAAUAAUGAAGGACCCAGUCAUUGCAUCAGAUGGAUACACAUACGACCGACAUGCGAUCCAGUCCUGGUUUGAAAAGGGAAAGAACUGCAGUCCCAUGACCAACUCUGUUCUUAUUCACCAACACCUCACACCAAACCGGACACUCAAGAUGCUCAUACAGAAACAUAUAGAAAAAACUACUUGAUGUAUAACUAGAACGGGAGUUUGUAUAGAAAUCUGUAGGGUGAUAUACAAACCAGGGCGUUAUAUAAAAACCUAUAAUCCCCUCCUGUUGCACCUCACAUCGAAAUGAACACUCAAGAUUCUUAUUCAGAAACAUAUAGAAAACAACUACUUGAUGUAUAACUAGAACAGGAGUUUGUAUAGAAAUCUGUAGGGUGAUAUACAAACCAGGGCGUUAUAUAAAAACCUGUAGUCUCCUCCUGUUGCACCUCACAUCGAAAUGAACACUCAAGAUUCUCAUACAGAAACAUAUAGAAAACAACUACUUGAUGUAUAACUAGAACUGGAGUUUAUAUUGAAAUCUGUGGGGUGAUAUACAAACCAGGGCGUUAUAUAAAACCUACAGUCCUAUAAAAUAUAUAUAUAUAUAUAUACAGAACCUCACAUACCUUUUUUUCGCUUUCUAUUUAUUGCACAAGUUUAUUUUGCGCAAGAAUAUAUAUACCACGGUUUUUAAUUUAACGUCAUAACAACAUUUUCUUAAAUCUAUGAUCAAUCCUCCUUUCAUGGAUUUACUUAACGUAAGAAUUAUACUCUGCGUCAAUCUGGUGUAAUGUUUGAAAUACGAUGUGACGUAAUUUGUAAAUCAUACAUGGCGUUGGUAACAAAAUGGCGCUAACUCCAGUAAAAAUAAAAAGGGAAUUCCCCAUUUACAAGUUCCGGUCCAGAUUGCACAUGUGUGAUACAAGAUAAAUUUAUCACAUGGUUUGAAAAUGUCUUUAUGACUAUAGUAAGAUUGAAUAGGUAUGUAAUAAAAACCAGGACAUCCUAUAAAAACCUGGGCUUGUACAGACAUUAGGCUAGAGAUUUUCAAAGUUAUUUUAACGCUGUGAUAUUGUGAAACCACCAUAGGCUAUGACAUCACUACAACACACACCAUGUAGUGACAUCAUACAAUAGUUUCAGGGGUGUAGCGUGAUCUGGACCUGGGGGUGGGGGGGGGGGGGGGGGGGGUGUGUGAAAUAUGAACCAAGUGGACCCUUUUUCUAUUUUGUUUUUGCACCACCAGAAACUCCAUAUGUAUAAACCUGUAUAUUUUAGUUCUGAAAGCAGACCAUUUACUUCAACAGGGGUGUUCGUCCGGACCCCCCGAAUCCCCCCAGCCUACGCCCUUGAGUUUCACGAAGUCUUAGUGCUAAGAUAGCUUCGAUAAUAUCUGUGGGAUGAAAUAGAAACUUGCGGCCUAAUUAAGAAAUUUCUCUUAGACACAAAACACACUGGGUCUGGUGAGUAUGGUACCUGUUGAAAACGAAAUGCAUUGAAUCGAGUGUGAUAAAACACACCGCGCCUGUGCUGGCGCGAACUACAGAUCUGGUAACAGACGACAUAGAACAUAUAAAAAGCAUGAGUUUAAACAAAUAUCUGUGCAUCCAAAUUUAUACAGAAACAGGUGACGUGUAAUCUUGAUUUGAAUCGUCCACAACUCUUAAAGUUUUUAAAUACUACAACAUAUUUUUCACUAUUAAAGCCAAUUUUGAUCAUUUAAAUUAGAAGUACUUACAUUUUAUUAUUUAGAAUAUUCAUUUUCAUACACCUGAAGUGCUUCUGGUUAUCCAGGUUUAUCGCAAUACCCCUAAACGCAUUUUUCAUAAUUCUAAAAAUGCUUGUUCGUUUGAGAAGUAAUGGUUACAGAGACAAGCUCUAGUUAUUUUUAGACUAUUUUUCUAUUUAAACAUCACAGACUUUAGCAUGUCUCU